AUGGUACACGUUACGCCAUUUGUUCUUGACAAUUUCGAUACCUGCGUGGAUCCCUUGUCGUUCCAGGGUCUCGCCCAGCUUGGAGACACGUCAACUCCAAUCAAGGCAGAUGCGCCCAUCAUUUAUGGCCCAUCGGCAGGAAAUACUGAAAUCCGCGAAAGGAUUCUAGAGCUCUACUCCAAUGAUGUGGCCGAUCCAACAGAAUUAUCUCUGACCGUGACCCAGGGGACCAUCGCAGCUAAUUUCUUAGUGCUAGACACUCUUGUUGGGCCUAGGGAUCAUGUUGUCUGUCAAUAUCCUACAUAUCAACAGCUCUAUGACGUCCCUCGUCGGGCAGGUGCUGAAGUUACUCUGUGGCGCACUUCACCAGAGAACAACUGGAUUCCUGACGUAAAGCAACUAGCUUCUCUGGUCAAAGAUAACACCAAAAUCAUCAUCAUCAAUAAUCCGAACAAUCCAACGGGCGCUUCGAUCCCCACAGGAGUUCUCGAGGACUUAGUUGCCUUCGCUGCAGAGCGAGACAUCAUCAUUCUCGCCGACGAGGUAUUUCGCCCUCUGUUCCACAGUCCCUCCGAAACAAAUCCUCCUUCAAUUAUAUCGUUUGCGGGACGUUACAAAAACAUCAUCGCUACUUCCAGCGUCUCCAAGGGAUUCUCAUUGCCCGGUAUUCGUCUAGGCUGGAUAAUAUCUCCGAACCCCGACCUCAUCCACCAAGCCAGCAUGGCCAAAGACUAUACCACUAUCUCGGUCUCUCAGAUCGAUCAAGAGCUAGCAGCUUUUGCGCUCAAUGGUCUGGUCCGAGCGAAAAUCAUCCAGCGAUCGCUGGAUAUUUGUGGACGAAACCUCGCGGCGCUGGAACACUUCGUCGAUACACAUCCGAAGGUUUUGAGCUGGGUUAAGCCAACGGGUGCUGCUUCGGCGUUUGUUUGCGUGCUCGACGAGGUCUCCGGGGCUCCUGUUGACGAUGUUGAGUUCUGUAUUGCUCUCCUUCAGAAGACCGGCUUGUUUAUCGUCCCUGGGGGCAAGACAUUCGGAACAGAGGCUGAGAUCGAUUUCAAAGGGUACCUUAGGGUAGGGUUUGUCUGUGCGCCUGAGAAGUUUGACCAUGCGUUGAAGCUGUGGGGUGAAUACUUUGAGCAGACAAGGUCUAGAUCUAUUUAG